AUGGAGAAUUCAACCACCGUCACCAAGCUCGCCCAGUCGCUGUUAAAAGGGCAUCCCGCGUCGCUCUGCGAUGCGGCGCAGACCGGGAAUACCGAUCUGGUUCAUCAUCUCCUCGCUGCUGGAGCCGAUGCCAAUGUCCAGGGUGGCCCUUACGGAAAUCCAUUGCAGGCUGCCGCGUGGAAGGGAAGCCGAGAGAUUGUUGCGCUUUUGAUCCACCGUGGCGCGGCCGUAAAUGCCCAAGGUGGCAUUUUUGGGUGUGCUCUACAAGCAGCCGCGCAUAGUGGCUCUUCCGACAUCAUUCGGUACUUGAUCCGAAACUAUGCCGAUGUUAAUCAACUCGGCGGGGACUAUGGCAGUGCCUUGCAAGCCGCUAUUGUCAACGGACAUGAAGAUGCUGCCCAAGCUCUAUUUGAGGGAGGAGCCCUAAUUGAUACCCAUGGCGGUAUUUACGGACAUCCUCUCCAGGCCGCAGCCUAUAUCGGCAACCUGAGGAUCAUGAUCACUUUACUGGAGAACGGCGCCGACAUUAAUGCGCAAGGGAGCAAGUAUGGAACUGCUAUGAUUGCAGAGGCAUAUGGUGGAAGUUACGAGGCGGUUGAAUUUCUGAUCAAAGAAGGGGCCGAUGUCACUGCUGCAAGCUCCAAAUUCGGGAGCGCUGGGGGCGAAUAUGGGCCUGCGUUGCACGCCGCAGCCUGGAAUGGAAGUAAUGCAGCAGUACACAGCCUAGUCCAAAGCCGCGCUGAGGUCGAUGUACGUGACAAGAGACAUGGAACGGCCAUACAAGUUGCCGCCUGGGUUGGACACGUGGAAAUCAUCCAGCAGUUAAUCGAUGCAGGGGCUGAUAUCAAUACCAAAGGGGGCGAGUAUGGGAACGCGUUGCACGCUGUUGUUUGGGCUGGAAGCAGGACAGCAGUAUGUAUCCUGAUACGGCAUGGUGCAGAUGUGAACGCCCAUGAUAAGAGAUAUGGAACAGCCCUACAGACUGCAGCACAGGCUGGGCGCGCCGAAAUAAUACAAGACUUGAUCCCGGCCGGGGCUGAUGUCAAUGCGGAAAGGGGUAGAUAUGGCACUGCACUCGAGGCCGCAGCCGGAGCUGGAAGCAUUCCUGCUUUGCUAAAUCUGGUCGAACUUGGCGCUCGUAUCGAUACUCCAGGGAACAGAUGGGAAGAACCACUGCAGAUUGCGUUCCAGAGAGGACACAGUGGCAAUAAUUCCGAAACUAUACAAGCCCGUGUUACCAAGACUUUGCAGUGGUAUCAAUCUGAGAAAGCACGUCUAGAAAGCGCUGUGUGGGAAAGACAUAUUGAUUAUUUGCGCGGCCGUCUAGACCGGGAUGUAUCCCCGGGAGAUUCUUGUGGAGACUGCACUAUCAUGCAGCUCGCAGCAACGAGGGGACAUAUUGAAUUAGUCAGGCUCUUGAUCGCAAGGGGCGCCAAUGUCAACCAGCGCAGCAGAGAGGAUGCAAAUACACUUCAGGCUGCUGCGAGAGUCGGAGAUUUGCAAAUCGCCAAACUAAUAAUACACCUCUCGGAUAUCAAUGCCCCCGGAGGGGGGAGGGGGAGGCUUGGAAGCGUUCUCCAGGCUGCUGUGGCCGGUGGCAACCGGGAGAUUGUAAGAAUAUUGCUCGAUUGUGAUGCAAACAUCAACAUUCAAGCUGGAGAGUUUGGAUGUGCCUUACAGGCCGCAGCAUGGAGAGGGGGCCGAGUUCUAGCGGAAAUGCUCAUGGAGAAUGGGGCGGAUGCCAAUAUACAGGGCGGGAAGUAUGGAAAUGCAUUACGGGCAGCGGUAAUGACUGGCCACUUUGAACUGCUCGAGGUCCUGUGCCCGAGCUACACGACUUCGGGGGCACAGGAUGAAUUCAGCAAAUAUUUACAUGAUGCUGCAUGGAGUGGAAGUGCUGAACUAGGGGCCAACAUGAUCAGCCGGGGGGCGGACGUGAACACCAAAGGAGGUCUCUACGGGAAACCCCUCUCAGCUGCGAUCUCUAUCGGAAGCUCAAUAACCGUGCAGCUUCUUUAUGACCAUGGGGCAGAAUUUGCAGAAUCCGAAAUUGACGGAUCAACUCCACUGCACGCGGCAGCUAGAUCUCGAGAUCCUUCUACGCUUUGCCUCGUCCUAGGCGCGGAUGCGGACAGAUACAAGCACAAGGAAGAUGACUCUGGACAGAUACCCCUACAUCUUGCCGCCAGAGCUGGGCAUAUGGGCGCAUUGGAGAUUAUCGGCCGCCCUUCUCCGUCAUUCCAUCGCCUCCCUCAGUACUUGGAUGGUAUAAAUGAACCAGAUCCUACAGGCACCAGUCUCGUGAUUCUUCCGAACAACCAGGAGCCGUGGGACUUGCCAGGCCUGAAUUUUCGCUGGUGUCGACAAACGCUCAAAGACGGGCUCAUCUCCCGAAGAAGCCAGUCGAAAAACAUCCCUAGCGUAACAACCAUUGCGCGAGUGCCCUCAAAAGAGUCUUUCCUUGAGUGUCGUCAUUCAAUUCCUGUCCUUGAUAGACUCAAUACGGGUGAUGUGCCUUCUGUUUUAUCUGCCCUCUUAGAUCCUCUACGAAGGAAUCUAAACAUUGCCUGGAUCAUGACAAAAUCAGAUCGCACCGCCACUGAUUCCAAGACAGUCAAGGCGGCUUUACAGAACCGAGUGUAUUUCAGUACACUCGAGUAUGCUGAAAUACCGGAAUCACCACUUCAGCUCUUGCGCGCUCUUGUUCUAGAACUUGAAACUUAUUGGUAUGAUGUGUGCGAUGCUGCCGAACAGCAUCUUGUGACUCUGAGUUUAUUUGGAAUGAAUAUCGAUGUGCUAGCUUCCAAUCCCGCGUGGUGGAUAUACGUCCCUUUGGCAGCAGGAACCAUGAUCUUGACAUUUGCUGUUUGGAUAGUUUUCAAGCGCAAUGAAGGGAGAAUCGUGUCGAAGCCAGGCUUGGAUGGUUGGUGGGCUCGCGAGGCUCACGAGCAGACACGACGACAUCUGGACGUUUCAUUAUCGCCGUCGUUGUUCGAAGCCCUUGAUCCUCGGGAUCCCUUCCAUCCUAUCCUCGGUCCCGCUGCCUCCCGGAAAACGAAAUCAGACAAGAAAACGAUGAAUCCUCACAUAUCUGUCCCUCGUCAACAUGCCAGUCCUUCCAAUUUCGGCGGCACGACGCCGGCAAGCCGCGGUUCCAGUAUACGAAUGCCGCGUUUCUUUAAACGAAUGUUCAAGUUUCCCCAGAUGGACUUUGAGAUGGCAAUCUGGGAGAUGACAUCACUCCUCAUCGCUCCGAAGAAGGUCUUCAAAUCGAUAUAUUACCAUGUGAAAACCAAGAACACCUGGCACCGUCCGGACCCGUCAUUUACCUAUCUUCUAUCCUUCUUUCUUCUCCUCACGGCCCUCGCAUGGGGCCUCGCAUAUGCGCCGUCGUUCGGGUCCAUAGUCCGCCUAUCGCUACUGUUCAUCUUCCUCCAUUUCAUCGGGUCGUCGCUACUAGUGUCGACCGUGGGAUACUUCGCCAUUGGUCGGUUCUUCGGCCCGAACGGGGCGGCGGCAUCUUUGAACGGAUUCAGGGGUGCACGCGGAAGGAGGCGCGGCGCGGCGCAAGGUCUGUUCAUGCAGCCGGGGGAGAAGGAUCAAUUGGAGUUUGGAUAUUGCUUCGAUGUCUCUAUCCGCGCAUUUUUCCCUCUAUAUCUUCAUCUCUAUGUUGUACAGUUUCUUCUCCUGCCUCUUCUCACCCGCACUCCCAGCAAUUAUCUCGCCACAUUCCUUGGGAAUACGCUUUAUCUGUCCGCUCUUACGUAUUAUACCUAUAUCACCUUCUUGGGCUACAACGCGUUGCCGUUCCUGCACAACACUGAGCUCCUCUUGCUGCCCAUUUUGGCAUUCGCCAUCAUGUGGCUUGUUAGUUUGAUUGCAGGAUGGGGCAUCGUUGCCCAGGGACGGGGCGUGGAGGGGCUGUUUUGGGGCGCGUGA